AUGCUCCUACUUGAUCUGGGGUCUAGUCUCAAACACAUCAACUCCCAUUUCUAUAUCCUUUAUAAUGACUUAUUCUAUGAUAAACUUGUUGCGGGUAUAGGGUCAAAGGGUAUAAGCACUAUGAUUUCGGUGUUAGGGAAUAUUAGAUUAUAUAUCCGCUCUUUGGAUAGCUUUCGUAGAGAUUCCAGAACUCUUAUCCUGUCAAGGUUACAUUUGCCCUCAGAAAGUGUGACCACUAGUACUGGGAUUAGUACUGGUACUGGUACUGGUACUGGUCCUGUUGGCAUACCAGCACAGUUCAACUGCAUUUACGUCCGUGAUUCAUGGCGAUACAUUUAUGCACUCUUUAGGAAUAGAAGAUUCCAUGCCCAAUAUUCUGAUUAUAAAAUUGAUGAACCCACAAAUUAUAUAUACAAUCAUUUCGUGGAGAUAAACCGAACUUAUUUGCUUUCGUUUGAAAAGAUCUUUUGGUUACUUCCAGGAAGUUAUAACUUGACAAUUGGAUUGGUCGUGAAACAUGGCAAGGGAUUGGGAACUACAAAGUUUGAGGUUGGCUUAGAUCAGGAUCAAAAUCAAAAUCAGACUCAGAUUCAGAAUAAGCGUGUUCAAACAUUUUAUCCUCCAACAAAUAUCAAUGAGAUACUUCCAAAGAAUCAAUUUUGUCUCUUGAAGAUAGGUGAGUUUGAAGUCCCUAAAAAGACGCGCAAAGCUGCCAUUACUGAUGGAAAUCACUUUCAACGAGUCAAGUUAGUAAUGGAAGAAAUCGGGUUAUACUUAAAGUCAGGGUUCCAAAAGGCUAUGGAGGAAACAGUAUAUGAAAAUGGUGACCAAAACGGCUCAGGACGUAAAGAAAUCGAAGGUGUUGGAGAGCAGCGACUUGAAGAUGAAGUAUAUGAUAGUUUUAUGUUUCCCACUGAUGGUGAAACGUCUUGGGAUGAUAGUCACUCAAAUGCGGCUCUUGUACAACAAAGAUUCCAGCUCAGUAAUAAUACUGGAUCAUCACCGUUAGAUCAGUAUGCUAACUUUUACUACAACAACUCACAUUUGCCUCGAUAUUUUAAAUUCAGUACUGUUUAUAAACAUAGACAGUUUGUCAAUCGAUAUGGGGAUUUCACCAUUGAUUGGAAAGAGGAAGAGAACGUGAACGAACAAGAUAUCAUACUUGAAGACAAACAAACAUGUUCAUACGAUAGAUAUGGUAUCAAGUGGAAGAUGCCAAUUUUGGGAGAUCUUUAG